AUGUCGGCUAUGGACCAUCUUCCUCUUGAAGAACUGGCGGAUGGUCUUCAGCCAUGCCUGCACCGACCGGGGCAGCACCGGUCGUUCUCUGUCCCCACCGUCGUGCGUUCACCCGCAUCCUUGCCCGAGAAUCCGAUAUUCGUGUCUGAUAUCUCUUCCUCCGUGAUGUUCGAGCAAGACGAACAGCCGCCGGGGACUGGGAGUGAGAGGGCGGGUGCGGCAUGGGACAGCGUCCUUGCGAACAUUCUCCCGGAGGUUGAAUCAACGCUCGAAGUCCUCUUCCUGAACAUUCGACAUAGAUUCGAAUUCUGCAACACUGCCCCAUCCACCCUCCGUGCGCUAGAGGAUAUGAGAAUCUAUGGACGCACGAAACAUAUAUCCCUGGUCCGGGUCCCGCGAGGUCCCGCGUUCGUAGCUGAUGCCGUUGCCGCCUUCCUAUCACUCAGCCAUAUCUUGGAUCUGCAAUAUUAA